AAUGUUUUAUUUUUUAACAUUUAUUCCUAUUUCUAAGAAUAUUUCUUUCAUUAUAUGCAAGUCUUUACAUUUUCUGUUAAAGUUUCCCCUCAAUCACUCCUGUUAUUCUGGAUGUUUUCCGUUCUCUUUUCCUCUCCCUCCUCUCCACGCAGUCCGCCUAUAGGUUUCAUUUUUUAUUAUAACCUCAGGUUUUGUAUGUACUUUUUAGAUUGUCCAUUGGCCAUUUGUCCUUUUAACCUUUCUCAAUUACCGCACUGAGGUCACGUCUGACGUCAGCGACUGGACGAUAUAUUCGCACUUUGGGGAAAGAUACGCGACCUAUCCGAAACGAGAACGGAAUAUCAUCCCCUUUGCUGGUUACCGCUCUUUUUCCCGAGUCUAUUUACAACCCCGGCGACGUAAUUAGUGAGCAACGUAAAAUCACAUCUCCCGUUAUGAGAGGAAUCUGUUUUCUUUUUUUUCUUCCCUCUUCUUUCCUUUUCGAGAACGGCAGGGUCGCGCAGUUGCAUAUCGCGGGCGUGUUGGCCGCACGUGACGUAACAUACAGCACAUUACCCGGCAGCCUCGGCCGCGCGCUCGUUUGCUUGGCCGUAGAGAGGAAAGCAGGCAAGCGGGACGCGAGAAUGCACCUGGCUGGCGCGGCGCGGCGUGUCCCGGCCCGGUACACAAGAGAGUGACCUGCCAACCUGCGCGUUCUCGCUCGCUCGCUCAUUCGUCCUCUCUCUUUCUCUUUUUCUCUCUCUCUCUCUCUUUCGCCCGAGCGUUCGACGGAACGACCGACGGAGCGGUCGGCCUGCGUUCACCUGCGCGCAAGGUGGCUGCGGGAGAAGCAUAGCGGCGGCGGCGGCGGCGGUGCGCGGUUCUUCUGAGUUCUUCGCGUGAACCGAUCACGAGCGAGAACGCGACGAAACGCUCCGGCGCGGACGCGUCGUCGAUCGACGCACGUUGCGACGAACGAGCGAGCGAGCGAGCGAGCGAGCGAGCAAGCGAGUGAGUGCGUGCGUAUGUGCGUGCGUUCGCUGUCCAGUCAACUACGUUAUUCUCCAUGUUCAGCAUUAUCGCCGAUAUAUCGCGGUGAUCACAAGUUGAAGAACGAACGAAGAACGAACGAGCGAACUGACACACAACAGAGAGAAAUGGACAGGGACCAUAGGGAGCAACGCGAUCACGAUAAUCUGAGCGAGAAGGAACCGGACUGCAAAGUUGGAAUGGCUUUCUGCAGCCUCUCCCACCAUCGCGAUCGUACGCCGGAUGCCGAUGCAGAGAGAGACAUGGACAUCGAUCCGGCUGAUCAUGUCGAGAAUUUGCACGACGACAAGCAUGAGAAAUUAGGGAGGAAUUUUCAUAAUAUAGGACAUCAUCCAGCCAUGAGAGAUGUAGAUAGGGAUCAAAAUCAUGUUGAUAUGCAUGACGACAAGAUAGACCUUAAGAUAGGAAGAGACUUUCGUAAUCUCGGCCAUCAUCCUGGAAUGGUUCAUUUGCAUUCUGAUUCUUUCAUUAAAAAACAAUUAGCGAGGGACGUUCGCGGCUCAUUAGGCUUAGGAUUGUCCUUAGAACUUUGUGUAGUUUGUGGGGACAGAGCUAGUGGCAGGCAUUAUGGAGCAAUUAGCUGCGAGGGGUGCAAAGGGGAUUUUAAGCGCAGCAUCCGCAAGCAGCUGGGCUACCAAUGUAGAGGAACCAAAAGUUGCGAAGUUACCAAACAUCACAGAAAUCGUUGUCAGUAUUGCAGACUUCAGAAGUGCUUGGCGAUGGGCAUGAGAAGCGACUCUGUACAACAUGAGAGAAAACCAGUAUUGGGUGAUUCGGCUGGGACAAAAGUUGGCAAUCGUAACCCUAGGGUAAAACCUGAGCCGCAACAGCCUGCGCCCGAGGCACUACCGACUUGGGAACAACCCGAGAGCCCUAGCAUGGAAGACCAAAGCAGCGAUAGUGACGCUCUCAGCGAUGCUUUGACCUUAGCUCGUGAGCGUUUACUCCUUUCUCAUGCGUUAGCAGAUAGUAUGGCUAAAAUCAUUAGUGAUAAUGUUAAUGGCUCGAGCGAACCAGAAGAAGAAUGGACCGGCCAAUUAAUCUCUGAGCGAAAUACGUUGUUUGAAUUGAGGGCGCCUAGCCCAGCACCUGUGUAUUUGUCUAUUCACUACAUAUGUGAAAGUGCAGCUAGAUUAUUAUUUUUGUCUGUACAUUGGGCACGAGGAAUUCCAGCAUUUCAAGCUUUGCCAUCUGACGUUCAAACUACUUUAGUUAGAAGUUCCUGGGGACAAUUGUUCACAUUAGGUCUGGCACAAUGUGCAUAUACCUUGUCACUUCCUAGUAUUUUGACAUCGAUAAUUAAUCACUUACAAGCUAGUAUCGCACAAGAGAAAGUCACCGCUGGCAAAGUAAAAUGCGUUACAGAACAUAUAUGGAGACUACAGGAUUGUGUAAAUUCACUGCACAAGCUACAAGUGGAUUCUGUUGAAUACGCAUAUCUUAAAGCUUUAACGCUUUUUAGUGCUGAUAAUGUCUUAGCAGGCAUUUGGCAUAAGAAAGUUGAAGUCUUGCAGGAAGCAGCAUGGACGGAGCUGCAGCAACGUGUAGGCUCCGAUAGAUUACCUCGCCUUCUGUUGAGGCUAGCACCUCUCCGCUCGAUUAAUCCUAGAGUUCUGGAGGACCUCUUCUUCUCGGGUCUUAUUGGUCGAGUAAGCGUAGCUAGCGUCGUGCCUUAUAUUCUUACCAUGCAAGAUUAUAAAACUGAACCAGAAAGUCAUGCAGGGUGACGAAUAUUGUCAGUGCAAUAUAAAUCGUGACCUAAAAGAGUGAUAUAAACGUAAAUGUUGGAUGCCUCGUUUUUGUACAACGAAAAUGUUUACUCAAACGCGAACGUUGACAUAAUUUUUAUUUUCGCAUUUCCCUUUUUCUUUUCAAAUAUUUGCAUAAGAAUAUGACGCAAUAAUGAGGCGCACAUAAAUUUGAAUUAAUUAUAAAUGCAUGUAUUACUGUAAUAAUAGUAAUUGUACAUAUAUAUCUAU